AAAUGUACAAUUUGAUGUCAGAAAGAAUAUUUUGCAAGACUGAAUUUUCUAUAUUUUAAUUUCAGAACGUAUUUGCAAAUCUUUCACAUUUAAUUAUCUUGAUAUUAUAUGUAGUAAACUUUUUAGUUUAACAAACAUCAUGUCCGAAGACGCCAGGGCCAGUUACUUGCCGCACGCCGCGGCCUCAGCGGGAGGAUACUCUCAUCAAAAACAAGAGCAGUACAAUCAAUAUCUUCGUAAACUGAACCAGGAUUUCAAACAGAUAUGGAGUGAGAAACCGGAAGAAUCGCCGGUAAAACUGUCUGAUUUUGAAAAGCAGAAAGUUUUAGGUACUGGAGCAUUCGGUAUAGUUUACAUUGCAAAACAUAUAAAUACUGGUAAAUAUUAUGCUAUGAAAAUGCUUGAGAAAGAAAAAAUAAUUAAAUUAAAGCAAAUAGAACACAGUUUCUACGAAAAGAAAAUUUUGAGCGGUCUCAAUUUUCCGUUCGUUGUAUACAUGAAAUAUUUCUUUAAAGACAACGUAUAUCUUUACUACAUCUUGCCAUUUGUUCCUGGAGGAGAAAUGUUUUCUCAUUUACGCAAAAUGGGAAAAUUCGAGGAAUCAGCUGCAAAAUUUUAUGGAGCUCAAGUGGUUCUAGCGCUGGAAUAUCUGCACUCAUGUGAACUAGUUUACCGCGACCUCAAGCCAGAAAAUAUAUUAAUAGACAGAACUGGAUACAUAAAAAUAACAGAUUUUGGCUUUUGCAAACUAAUUCAUGGCAGGACUUGGACGCUGUGUGGUACCCCCGAGUAUUUAGCCCCAGAAAUCAUUCUCAGUAAAGGGUACGGAAUGGCCGUAGAUUGGUGGUCUCUUGGUAUACUGCUCUUUGAGAUGAGCGCGGGGCAUCCUCCUUUCUAUGCCUCUGAUCCCAUGAGAAUUUAUGAAAAAAUAGUGUCUGGAAAGUAUCGAUGCCCAGCGCAUUUUACUGCAGAACUGAAGGAUUUGGUUAGUCAUGUUCUUCAGGUAGAUAAUACUAGACGAUACGGAAAUUUGAAAGAAGGCGUGUUAGAUUUCAAAAAUCAUAAAUGGUUUCGAGAAAUCGACUGGGAUAAUCUUCUGAAUGGCAGAGUGCAACCACCUUUUCUUCCAAAGGUUCGAUCACCUGGAGACACAACUAAUUUUGAUGUUUUUGAUGAAGAAAAAAUUAAAGAAAGUCCGGUUUGCUUGUAUGAAGAAGAGUUUGCAGAUUUUUAAUUAUAAUUAUUUUAUGGAUACGGGAAUUUUACAGACAUAAGGAUAUUAUAAUUUAAUUUAAGUAGAUAUAAAAAAGAAAGUUUCCUUUAAUGUCAAGAGACAUUU